AGAGCCGUCGCCCCGGCCAGGGCCAGUAUGGUGCAGCCUCAAACCUCCAAGGCCGAAGGCCCCGCCGCGGCAGCUGCCAGCGCCCCGAUGGACGACGUGAUCGACACCCUGACCUCACUGCGCCUCACCAACUCGGCGCUGAGGCGCGAGGCGUCCACGCUGCGCGCCGAGAAGGCUAACCUCACCAACAUGCUGGAGAGCGUGAUGGCCGAGCUGACCCUGCUGCGCACGCGGGCGCGCAUCCCCGGCGCGCUGCAGGUCACGCCGCCCAUCUCAGCCAUCACCUCCAGCGGCUCGAGGCCCAUGACCACGCCGCCCACCUCUCUGCCCGAGCCCUUCUCCGGGGACCCCGGCCAGCUGGCCGGCUUCCUGAUGCAGAUGGACAGGUUCAUGAUCUUCCAGGCCUCCCGCUUUCCCGGCGAGGCAGAGCGCGUGGCUUUCCUGGUGUCCCGACUGACGGGGGAGGCCGAGAAGUGGGCCAUCCCGCACAUGCAGCCCGACAGCCCUCUGCGAAACGACUACCAAGGCUUCCUGGCCGAGCUGCGCAGAACCUACAAGUCGCCGCUGCGCCACGCACGGCGCGCACAGAACCGCAAGACCUCGGCCUCCAACCGGGCGGUGCGUGAGCGGCAGCUGUUGUGCCGCCAGCUGGCCGCCACGGGCACGGGUCCCUGCCCGGUGCACCCAGCCUCUACCGGGGCCAGCCCAGCGCCGGCGCUGCCCUCGCGAGCACGGAACCUUUAAGCAUCUGUUGCCACCACCACGCCGGUCGCAUCGCAGCCGCCCGUGCCUAGCGCCCACUGUUGGCAGUGUAGAACUGUCUGAUCACCAGUGACGCCCGUGUGUGAAGCCAUCCCCUGCCGCCUCUCCUGCCCGGGUCCACCG